GCAACGCCAAUUCGAACAUCGAGAGUAUCGAGACACGCUUUAAAGAUGCCGCGGCCAGUUUCGAAAGGAAUUCCUCAAUUAUCGGGACGAGGACAGGUGGAGAGGCGGCGGCUACCGUUUCUCAGAGCUUCUACCAAAACCAAGGAGACGGAACGAAGCAGUGGAAGUAAGAUGGAUUCUGCACGCAGCGGGGGUGCUAUAGAAGAACAAAAUAGUGAUGAAGAUCUGUCGCCAGACGCUUUAGUCAGACAAAAUUAUGAACUCCGUCAUCGUUUGGAAGAGGAGACUGCGAGUUACAAAAGACGUUUGGAUACAUAUCGGCAGGCUCAGCAACACCAAGCUGCCCUCGUCUCACGAUUACAAGCUAAAGCAAGUAUAAACCUUCUUUUUUUUUAUUAA